AUGGCGCUUUCCAGCAGAGGCCGUCUUGGAACCCUUCGAGUGUUCGGGCCAGAUUCUGAUGGAAUCGUAGCAGCUUGCUCGAAUCUGAUGGGAAAAUAUGGCUGCAAUAUUGUCAAGAGUGAAACUUGGUCGGAUCAAAAAGAAAACAUGUUUUUCAACCGUCUUGUCUUUACACAUGAUCAACCCGACAAGGUGGCUUGUCAACAGGAUCUGACAGAAAUUUGCAAGGAUUUUCAGCUGGAGAAUCGAUUGAACUGGCGUGAUCGAAAAAAGAAAGUUGGCAUCAUGGUGUCAAAGUACGAUCAUUGUCUUUGGGAAUUGCUGUUACGUCACUCAGCAAACGAAUUACCAGAAAUGGACAUUGAAUUGGUAAUUUCCAAUCAUCCUGAUUUGCAAUCGGUAGCAGAAACUUUUCAAGUCCCCUACCAUGUCAUUCCCGUUACCCCCGAAACCAAGGCAGAAGAAGAGGCGAAACAGUUAGAGCUGUUGAAGAAUGUAGAUGUCGUUGUCUUGGCCAGAUAUAUGCAAGUAUUAUCUGGCGAUUUUCUACGACAGUUUCCAGAGAACAUUAUCAAUAUUCACCAUUCCUUUCUGCCUGCUUUCAUGGGUGGGCGUCCGUAUCACGCGGCACAUGAUCGGGGUGUCAAGCUUGUUGGAGCCACAGCGCAUUACGCCACUGAAGAUCUAGAUGAAGGACCCAUUAUUUCACAAGAUGUGAUAUCUGUAACACAUCGAGACGGCGUGAAAGAUUUGAUGCGCAAAGGUCGAAUUCUGGAACGAAAUGUGUUGUUGAAGGCGUUGGAGGCACAUUUAGAGGAUCGAGUGAUUGUUCACAAGAAUCGUUGUAUUGUAUUCGAAGACUGA